CGCUCGGUUCCAGUGGCAGAGAGCGGGAGAAAGUGCUGCUGGUGGGCGGCCGCGGAGCUGCGCGCGUCCGGCAUCCCGGGGCCGCUCUGGCCCGGGCGGCGAGGGGGCCCGGCGGUCCAUGCAUCCGCCGCUGCCUGCCGCCGCCGCCGUGAUGGAUUUCGGUCAGAACAGCCUGUUCGGCUACAUGGAGGACCUGCAGGAGCUCACCAUCAUCGAGAGGCCGGUCCGCCGGAGCCUCAAGACACCAGAAGAAAUAGAAAGACUGACAGUCGAUGAAGACCUCAGUGACAUUGAAAGGGCCGUUUAUCUGCUCAGCGCUGGUCAAGAUAUCCAGGGAACAAGUGUGAUUGCAAAUCUUCCGUAUUUGAUGAGACAGAAUCCCGCCGAGACGCUUCGGAGAGUUUUGCCGAAAGUCAGAGAAGCCCUGCAUGUUGCGGGGGUGGAAACGCAGUUAACGGCUGCUGCGUCAUUUUUGACCAUUCUACACGAGGAGUCAGUGUCCAUUCACGCAUAUGCCCACUCCUUUCUACAAGUCAUCCUGCUGCACCUGGAGCACAGGGAUGCAGGUGUUAGUAAUGCAUGGCUGGAAACUCUUCUGUCUGUCAUAGAAGCAUUGCCAAAGGAAACCCUAAGGCAUGAGAUUUUGAAUCCACUGGUUUCCAAGGCACAACUAUCCCAAACAGUACAGUCUCGUUUAGUUAGUUGUAAAAUUUUAGGAAAAUUGACCAACAAAUUUGAUGCCCAUAUCAUUAAAAGAGAAAUACUUCCACUGGUAAAAUCGCUCUGCCAAGAUGUGGAAUAUGAAGUUCGAUCUUGUAUGUGUCGGCAAUUAGAAAAUAUAGCUCAGGGCAUUGGGACAGAACUUACAAAAAGUGUGGUGCUCCCCGAAUUGAUAGAACUCUCUAGUGAUGAAGGCAGUAGCGUGCGGCUUGCAGCAUUUGAAACUUUGGUUAAUCUGCUUGACAUAUUUGACACAGAUGACAGAAGUCAGACUAUACUUCCCUUAGUGAAGUCAUUUUGUGAAAAAUCUUUCAAAGCAGAUGAAUCAAUGCUUAUUUCCUUAUCCUUCCAUUUAGGAAAGCUAUGCCAUGGACUAUAUGGGAUUUUUACUCCAGAUCAACACUUGAGAUUUUUGGAGUUUUAUAAGAAACUUUGUACGCUGGGUUUGCAACAAGAAAAUGGACACAGUGAAAACCAGAUUCCACCCCAAAUCCUGGAGCAGGAGAAGAAGUACGUAUCAGUACGGAAGAACUGUGCUUAUAACUUUCCGGCCAUGGUCGUUUUUGUUGACCCUAAGAACUUCCACAUGGAACUCUACAACGCCUUCUUCUGCCUUUGUCAUGACCCUGAAGUGCCAGUCAGAUACACUAUUGCUGUUUGCUUUUAUGAAGUGUCUAAACUUCUGAAUUCUGGAGUAUAUCUAAUACAUAAAGAACUAAUAACGCUAUUACAAGACGAAUCACUGGAGGUACUAGAUGCCCUUGUAGAUCACCUUCCAGAAAUCCUGGAACUGAUGUCUGCCGGCGGAGAAAGCAGUGCUCAAGAAAAUAAGUUAUCAGCUCUGCCUGACUUGAUUCCUGCACUCACAGCCGCAGAACAGCGAGCUGCAGGCUCCUUAAAAUGGAGAACUCAUGAGAAGUUACUGCAUAAAUAUGCCUGUCUGCCACAUAUCAUAUCAAGUGAUCAGAUUUAUUACCGUUUCUUGCAAAGAAUGUUCACAAUCAUGGUGACAAAUAAUGUUUUGCCUGUCCAAAAGGCAGCAUCACGAACCCUGUGCAUUUUUCUACGUUAUAAUCGUAAACAAGAGCAGAGACACGAGGUCAUUCAAAAAUUAAUUGAACAACUGGGCCAAGGAAAAAGUUAUUGGAAUAGACUUCGAUUUUUGGAUACCUGUGAAUUUAUAAUAGAGAUCUUUUCCAAGUCAUUUUUCUGUAAAUAUUUCUUUCUACCUACUAUUGAACUGACACAUGACCCAGUAGCAAAUGUGAGAAUGAAACUUUGCUACUUGUUGCCCAAAGUGAAAGCUACUCUGAAGAUCCCUGCAGACAAGCAUCUACUUCAGCAGUUAGAAAUGUGUGUGAGGAAACUCCUGUGCCAAGAGAAGGAUAAAGAUGUUCUGGCUAUCGUAAAAAGAACUGUGUUAGAGUUGGACAGGAUGGAAAUGUCUAUGGAUGCUUUUCAGAAAAAGUUUUAUGAGAAAGAUUUGUUGGAUCAAGAGAAAGAAAGAGAAGAACUACUUCUUUUGGAAAUGGAACAAUUAGAGAAAGAGAAGCAACAGAAUGAUGGAAGACCCCUGACUGAUAAAACCAUUGAAAAGAAACGCAGAGACACUAAGACACUGACAAACCUGCCCAAGAGCAUCCCUGUUUCUGUUCCCGGGCCCUCUUCUGCCAGCCCAUCAACAAGCAAAGAAAUCAAGAAGUCCAAACUGAUUCGGAGCCAGUCUUUUAAUAAUCAAGCUUUUCAUGCAAAAUAUGGCACCUUAGACAAGUGCACUAGUAAAAGUUCUUCAGCAGGAUAUGCACCAUCUGUCUCAGGGUUAACAAAAAGUUCUAUACUGUCACUAACUGAUGAUUCCUUCCGGACCCGUAAUGCCAGCAGCCUCCCAGCUGCCUUUUCUCCUAACACUCCUUUACCGAGCACUUCCCGGGGAACAAGUAACUCGGCUGAUCCAAAGAGCAGUGGCAGUAAAGACGCGCAGCCACGGAAGGCUGCAUUAAAAUCCAAAAAAUCCAAUCCUUAAGCCAUCUGCUUGAUGAAGGAGGCAGAACACAGACAGGUGGAGACACUGUGAUGAACAAGAGCUAAAGCAAUGGAUUGGCUUGUUUUCCCCCCCUUCUUUUUUUAAUGAAUGGAAAAGAGAGGUGUGAUAGCAUCUGGUGUUGAACUUCCCAUAUCUGAGAUUAGAUUCCCUAGGAAGCAUAAUAUAUAUUUCCAUGGAUAAUAAUGUGGUGGCAGAAUCUCACUGUUACACUGAAGUCUAACAGAGCAACUUUAGGCCUGUGCUUUACUUAAGCUGCGAAAGACGCGAGUCUGCCUUCGUGUGUGCAGGGAACCCUCUGUUUGGUUGCUGUCAUUUAGAGCUUCAGCAUUGAAAAACUGUCCAGCAGUCCAGAUCAGCUGAAAUUGCCCUGGCUGGAUAAUCCCUGGCGGGAGGAAGGAGCUGCAAUUUCUAACCAAUCUUCAAGCCCAGUUGAAAAGUCACACUGAAGAGAUACAAAAAGCUGUCCUCAGUAUUACAGUCCUGUGAUUGCAGUGACCAGCUGUUGUGCCUGGACAUUCACAAACUUAAAUUUGGCAGUGACAACAAUUCUACAAAGAUUUCUGAUAACUUUUAGCAACACAUACCUUGAAAAUAAUAGAUUGAUGAUUUCCUUUAUUUCCUAGAAGAAUUUAUUUUAUAAAUACUUUGUUUACAUUUUAGAUUGUAUCUGUCCUUUAAUUUAAAAUUUAAAAUGAUGACUCUAGUUUGAAUCAGCUGUUACUCCAAGCUAUCAUGCUUAAGCUAUCGAACAGCAUUUAUUAGUACUAAUGCUAAGAUUACCAUCAAAAUUUGCCUGUGGAACAGAAACCCUUCCUAAUCGGAAAAUGUCAGGUCUGGAGAUACACCGUCUGAAGCUGUUGUCAGCUUCUCUGUUUCCAAAUGCAAUCAGCAUAUCACUAUAUUGAUAUUAGAAGAUAUUUGUUUUUUAAACUAUGUUGAUGUAUGAUAAAGAUGAUCUAAUUUGUGAAUGCAUAUGUGUGUGCCUACUUUUUAUAAUGUGAAAUAAUGAAUUUACUCAAAAUAAAACAUAGGUUAAUGAGA